AUGGCAAAUGAUCGUAACGCCCAAAAUGUCAUCCGGAGGAAACUUGUCAUCAUUGGCGACGGUGCGUGCGGCAAGACCAGUUUGCUGAGCGUGUUUACUCUUGGUUUCUUCCCAACACACUAUAUACCGACUGUUUUCGAAAAUUACGUGACGGAUUGCAGAGUAGACGGCAAGUCCGUCCAGCUAGCGCUAUGGGACACGGCUGGGCAGGAGGAUUAUGAGCGGUUACGGCCGCUAGCAUACGCCAAAGCUCACGUCAUCCUGAUAGGCUUUUCCAUCGACACGCCGGAUUCCCUGGACAACGUCAAGCACAAGUGGGUCUUGGAAGCAAACGAACGGUGUCCCGGAGUGCCCAUCAUCCUCGUCGGCCUCAAGAAAGAUUUGCGGGACGACCCGGUUGCACAAGAGGAGAUGCGGAAACGAUCACAACGCUUCGUUUCUCCGGGGGAUGGCGAGCAUGCGGCUAAGGAAAUCGGCGCCCGCAAGUACCUCGAAUGUUCUAGCUUGAGCGGCGAGGGUGUCGACGACGUUUUUGAGGCGGCCACACGAGCCUCAUUACUGAUGUUGGAGAAGGUUGAGGGGGCAGGGUGCUGCGUGAUAUUAUGA